CCUCACAAAGAGUUCCAAAAAAGGAUUGCGAGCAAUCGAUCGCAAAACCCUCGUCGCGAUCUCGAGCGCCAAAUCGAGGCCUUUUCUUAUCCUUCAUUGCGGUCAUGCUCCAAAUUUCCUUCUUGAUUUUUCUAGGGUUUUGAGAUUGGAUAUGGCUGCUGUCAUCGGGAAGCUCACCAUCAUCAUCGGAGCAGGAAUAGCUGGGACUGCCCUUGCAAAGGAAGGGCGUUUACCUGAUCUUACUGGCUUUUUUUCUGGUGCUUUGAAGCUUGUAACAAAGCACCUUCAUCUGGAUAAAGAUAAGCCUUCUUCAACUGUCAAACAACAAAAUCACACGAUCUUAGCUCAGGUUAAUAUUCUGAGAAAGGAGCUUGAACGCUUGUCAUCAUCAAGAUCUGUUACUAUAGUUACUGGUACCGCAUCUGGUUCUGGUGCUUUCAAGGUGAAAACUAUAAUUGCUAUUGGAGUUGUGGGAUAUGGUUAUAUUUGGUGGAAGGGCUGGAAGCUAUCUGACAUGAUGUUUGUGACACGUCGUGGUCUCACCGAUGCUUGCUCAGCAGUGGGCAAACAACUUGAUCAUAUUUCAUCAUCAAUAUCUACUGCAAAGCGUCAUUUAUCAUCAAGAAUUGAUCGUGUGGACUGUAACUUGAAUGAGUCUCUGGAACUCACUGCAGCCACCAAAGAUGAGGUUUCCAAACUACAUGGAAGGCUUACUGGGUUCCAUGAUGAAUUUGAAUCAGUACAUCAAGCUGUUCAGACACUGGAGACAAAACUUUGUCGAAUUGAGGGGAAUCAGGAUUUUACUGCUCGGGGAGUGUAUCACCUUUGCCAGUUUGUCCAGGGUUUGGAGAAGAGCCGAAAUUCAGAUUCUAUUCAGAUAUUACCAUCUAAUCCUGUUCCUGCUCUUGAACUUCCAGAAGCUAUGCAUGUCGCAAGGACUGGGUCAUUGCCAUCUCCGACACCAGAACCAUCAUCCCCCUCGAUUUCUAAAGAGUCUCCAAGGUUCUUCAACCGUCAAGAACUGUGUCAGUAUCAGGCAUAAAGGGCAUACAAGAUAUCUCCAAAACAAUGAAAACAGGCAAUGCUAGGCCGGCCCCUGAACAAGGAAGUACUUCCGAAGCUCCAAACAGCGGCAGUUCUUCAAACUCCGGACGGAGGGGAUCAAUCCUUACUCCCGAAGCUCCAAACAGAGGCAGUUCUUCAAGCUCCGGACGGAGGGGAUCACUCCUGUCUGGCAUUAUUUAUCUCGCGAGAACCCGCAGCGCUGCUAGCUAGAACUGCCGUACUUUUGUUAAGUCCAAAUUUUUGGUUUCGAUACGUCGAAGUAUUCGUAGCUGCAAAACAGUGAGCAUAUUUACCAAGACCAAUUAUAAAUACCUAAGCUUUUGUUUUUAGCUGAAAGUAGGUUGAAUGAAACACAAGUUAUUAGCUCUAUCAAAAUGUAAAAUUUCUAGGAUACAUUGGUGUUGAGCAUGAGACAUCAGCAUUUUUGUAUAGAAUUGACAUGGUGGUUUUAUUUUUCCUUAAAAUUUUUUUAAUGCUGAAAUAAGUCAUGCUUAUUAACA